AUAUGAUUAUUUCCUUUCUCUUUACAUUCUUUUCGUGUGCUGAUAAUUUUUCCGACUUGUCGUCGUCAUAAACGGUUUUAUUGUUACAAUAAGAAAUUAUUUAUCCCAAUAAUUUUUGUUACAACAUAAAUGUGCAUUUAAAUAAUUUGUAUAUUGAUAAUAGUUUCUUUGCAAAAGCAACGGGAAAAUAAACAAAACGAAGUAAAUUAAAAAAAAAAAAAAAAGGCGAUUUGCACAGGAACCCCCGAUAAUAAGGUGGAAAAAAGAAAAAAAAAAAAAAAAAAAAAAAAAAGGAAAAGGAAAAGGAAGACACAGGCAGCAAUCAAAUUGAAAAGAACAAAACAAACGCAAGAAGAAAAGUGACAAGUUCCUUAACAGCGGUCCAAGUUAAACCACUUAAGAAUCUGUCAUACAAAGAGAAUUUUAUUCAAUUAAUUCUUUACUGGACAAAUAGUUGGAAUAAGUAGCCAAGUGAAAUUUUUUUUUUUUUUUUUUUUCAAGUUAAAAGAACACUGACAGAUAUCAUCAAAGCAACCAGCUAAUCAAAUCAGAUACGCAGAUAGGCAGGAGGGGAAGUAAUUAAAAAUGGCCGCGGUCAAUGAUUGUUUCAGUAUUGGUUCCACGGUACUGUGCACGACCUGCUUUAAUGAAGAAGUGGAAGGAGAAGUUCUCGCCUUUGAUCAUCAUACAAAAAUGCUGAUUUUAAAAUGUCGCUCGAAGAACGCGGAGAAUCUAAACGAUGUUUAUGUAUUGAACUUGUCGCUGUGCAGCAAUGUUCAAGUAAUUAAAGAAUGUAAUGGUAAUUUCGUUGACGACCCUCAAAAAUUGAGUUUGGAACAACUUAAAUUACGACUACGUAAAACAGUUCAGCACCGACAAACGUAUCUCAAGUCGAAAAAUGCUGAUGUUAGCGCGGAAGCCCAAGAGCUCUACAGAUUGAUUGCUAAGCAAUUUCAGUAUACUGAAGUUUCUUGGCAAGGACCCAAUAUUCAGAUAUUAAAUGAAGUGACCGUUACACCCCCAUACCGGGCCGAAAAUGUUAUAUCAACAACUACGAACAAUAAUAAUAAUAGUUUGUGCAACUAUAUUAAAAAGAUGAUUGAAAAUUAUUUUGCCACAAAAGCUUCGUCGCACGAACAUAGUACCGUUGCAGCGGGUACAUCGUCAACAUCAUCGCCCACAUCUUCAUCAUUGUCAUCAAGUAAUGCGGCAUCGGGUUCUCCCGUGCCAGCUAAUUCAUAAUAAAAUUCGUUUUAAUAAAAUCUCCCAAAAAAACAAUAAAAAAUUACAAAAAAAAAAAAAAAAAUAGUUUUGAGGAAUGAACAUAUUAGUAGAUUCAAUUUACGCUGAGCUUACAGGCAUUUAGUUCGACACAGUUUACUAGAAGAUAACAUACGUCUAUGCAACGUCAAUUCUAUUUAAAGCUUUAUUUAUUGGCGCCCCUGCUUUCGUAAUAAAAAAUGACUUCGAAAAUUUCAUAAGAACGAUCACGCAGGAUACGCAGUUUGAUUGUUACUUGAAUAUACAAAAGAGAAAUUUUUGAAAGAAGGAAAGCAGCCAGAUUUGCGCUUCAAAAUCCAUUGCCAUUUAAAUAAUGAUCGAUCAUAUUACAACUAGAUUAGAAUGUUGUGUUACCGUAGACGGCUUCAUUUGCUGAUCGCUUGCGAAACUCUCAUUCUUAACGUAUUCUUAGUUCAUCAACAAAUUCAACAAAUCUAUUUUCAUUCUGAAUUUUUCAGGUUCACUUUUCUGCCUUUUAAAGGACAACAUCCUUAUCUUUUGUCUUAUAGUCUACUUCCAUACGUGUAGCUACAGUUGAGAAGCGUCUCACGCUAACUAACGGAGUAACGAAAUACAAAUAUAUAUAUAUAUAUAUAUGUAAAUUUGUAAUGUCGAUUUGAUACCUCAAGACUUUCUUUCUUCGGCGUAAUCUUCCCAAUUACUAUAAAUUACAUAUGAUUUACAUCAAACCUCGUCAUCGGUACGAAGUAUGUGUUAAAAGAUGUUAAGAAGAGCUACUGAGAUUGCUUACGGUAAAACUGUCGAAAGUUAGACUUGCUCGUGUAAACGGUAGGGGUAAUGUGCAUGAAACAGAAGAAGAAAAAAUUGUAUUUGCAAAACGUCAGUGAAUGUAGCAUUGGCUGGAGGCGAACAAGCUACCAAUUAAGACUUCUUCGAGGCAUCUGAUUGUUUUGCAUUUAUAAAACUCGUUACAACAGAGAAAGACAGAAAUUGUAUACUUAUACUGUCCGUUCUAGGAAAUGGUCAAAGUUCGAGGCAAAUCGAAAUUCGUUCUACAAUAAAAUUACUUUUGAAUUUAUCAAAGAAAAGUCAUACAAUAUAAAUAUGAUAAAGUAUUUCAGCGGUAUUUGAUAAAGUAUUUCCUUUAUUUUUCAUAAUUGCGAACUACGAGAUACGAGAAAAAUAAAUAUUGACUAAAAGUCAACAAGAGAAAUCGUCUUAGGUAUGACGGAAGUAAUCAAAUUUUUAGAGUUGAGAUUGUGGAUUGAAUUGUUUGUCUCUCUGUCUGUCUGUCUGUAUUACUUUUAAACAACUUCGAAAGGGAAUCAAAAAUAACCUUGCUCAACAUAUUGAGUUGGGUUACUUUCUUAAACUCCCUAAGGUUUAUUAGUGUAAACACUUAUACAAAGCAAGAUCGCAAGUAUCUUUGCCCCGAAAUUCGCAAAGUACGAGUAAUUGUUUUAUUUAAAGCAAUUGGUUUGCGUUUUUAUUCUUGCUUUAUUCUCACAAGUAGCGCCUAUUUAAAAAAAAUAUAUAUAAAUACAAAAAUAAAUAAGUUGGACAUCAUAUAUUAAGCUGCUAAGGGUUAACUAAACGAAACGAUAAAGUGAAAAUACGUGUGAAAAAAAGUACAUUAUUUUGCAUUUUUUCCGGCUCUUUACGUGCAGUGCGAUAUAUUUUUUUCUUAUAAUUACACACACCAUUACACAAAAAAAACCAAAUUAAAAUUAAAACAUUUAAUAGUAAUCACGUACAAAGUCCCGACAUGGACAUCAGUUAACUGUGUAUGACGAGUACAUAGCUCUUGAUUUGUCCAUCCGUCCUUGCCGGAUUUUCGCAUAAGAUUUCAUCACUAUGAAUGUCUGUUUGCCAGAAUAGUAAAGUAUUUUUGACAUUUUAUCAGGUCGGAUCGUUCCAUUACAAUCUUCGGUCUUUGACGAGUCGGCUCGGCCACCACUAAACAGAUCGACUCAGUUAGGUACUUAAAUUUGCCUGCGUCUUUCCAAGUUUUAUCAAAACUUUCUAUUUUUAACGGGAAGCCAGACCAGCACACAUAUUUGCCCACUACCGUUACGGGGGAAAAAAAAAAAACAAGAAAGUUAUUACAGCUGUAUAGCUGGAUAUGAAAUUCAACAAACUUGAUUAGUGUACACACCCUUCGCACGAUUUGUUUUUUUUUUUUUUUUGCGAUGCGUUUAAAAAGAUUUGUAUCCUGUUUACAACGACCCCAGGCGACAAUUAUCAAAUACGAAUUUUCAUUCUGACUAAUUUCAAAAAUUUUGUUCGCUUCUUGAGCGCGAAUGCUAAGUUACAAUGCAAAAUGUUGCCACUUGGUUUAACGGCGCGUUAAGAUUACAUUAAUGCCAAAAUUGUUUGCUAGAGAAGGUACUAACUAUGAAUAAUAGAACUCACCCCGCUUCGCUCGAACAAUUAAUAUUUUGUAUAAUUUCAAUUUUAAAAAUAAGACUUCUCUAUUUUCCAAGAUUGAUUCUGAUUGAAAAUAUCUUCGUCUUUCAAUGGCGAUCUUCAAUUUCUUUUUAUAUAAUCUACAAUGCUCUUUAAAGAUUUUGUUAUUCUUAAAAUCCGUACUAAAUCCCGUACUGAGUGUUUUUCGCUUUAGGAAAUUUGUUAAAAUUAUUUUGUUACUUUUGAUUACUUUUUUGUUUUUUUUUUUGUUGUUGUUGUUUUUUGCCGAAGAAGCUCAUCUUAACUAGAGUUGACAAAGUUUCAAAUUUUGCUGCUUUUUUCUUUUUUUAUGCAUAAUAUAUAUACAUAUAUAUAUAUAUAUAUAUAUAUUAUCAUUUAUAAUAAACAUAAAUAACAAACGCUGGGGAGAGUGUAGUGUAGGGUGGUGCUUUUAGAAAUUUUUUUUUUAGAUUUUCAUCAUUGUUCAUUUGUUCAUGUUGUUGUCGCUUGCACUUUUGCAAAUAUUAAGCGAUUUCUUGUUGCUUACAUUUAUUCCCGUCGUACCUAGUCCCCAAUGAUGGAUCGUUUGGAUGGAUGGUAGGUUUGUGUUACUCGAGAUGAAUGUUUUUUUUUUUUAAUUCUCACAUAUUAUUAAGUUGUGUGUACAUGUAUAUGCGUGUGUGUAUAUGAAAUAUUCAAUAACAAUUGUUUUUUUUUUAUGAAUAUCUUUGUGAAAAUGAGAUAGGAGUUGUGGUUAUACGUACGUAAUACGUGCUUUUAUAUAUUUUUUAUUUGCCCUCUUAAUACAAGGAUAUACAU